ACGGAACUGGGCUUGGAAGAGGUUCUGGUCUCCCUCCGUCUCUCACCUCCUCUCGCCUUCUUCCCCCUUCCAAACGAGGGAGAGAUUGAGCUCUCUCUCCGUGCCUUUACUUUUCUUUUCUUGCGAACUCUCGCGUAUCAAACGAGCUGUUAUUGUAUAUAGAAAAAGUGACACUUGUCUCUGGAAAUCGGUCAACAAUUGUCAAUUCAGUCCACAACCAGUGCCAUCUUCGGAUCCAACCAAACCACACCUCUUGUUUCCAUCGGCAACCCAAGACUCUCUCUCUCUCUCUCAUACUCCAUCAUCAGAAGAAAGAAGAUAGAUAGACCCAUAUACAUCCAGAGAGAGAGAGAGAGAAGAUGUUGAAGCUGCCAUCGUCAAGCAAUGCUACAGGCGCAGACAUCAGUAACCCAAAAGCCCUAAUCGAGAACCACCGCCGAUUCCUCGGCGCUUCUUCUUCGAGGCUCAAGAUCUCAAUUUGCAGACGGAACGCCGCCGUUUCAUGCGAGGCUUAUUCUUCUGCUUCUUCGUCGGCUCCAAUUGUAGUGGAGCCGCAGGGGAAGGACGCUGCCGCCGGCGGCGGCUUCGAGAAGAGCGUGGCUGACCGGCUUCGGCAGGGGAGCUUGACGGAGGACGGGCUUUCUUAUAAGGAGAAGUUCAUAGUCAGGUGUUAUGAGGUUGGGAUUAACAAAACUGCCACUGUUGAAACCAUUGCUAAUCUCUUGCAGGAGGUUGGAUGUAACCACGCUCAGAGUGUGGGAUUUUCAACGGAUGGAUUUGCAACGACUACUACCAUGAGAAAAUUGCAUCUCAUAUGGGUGACUGCUCGCAUGCACAUCGAAAUUUAUAAAUACCCUGCUUGGAGUGACGUGGUUGAAAUAGAAACCUGGUGCCAAAGUGAAGGUCGGAUUGGGACUAGACGUGAUUGGAUUCUCAAGGACUAUGCUACUCAAGAAGUCAUUGGGAGGGCUACGAGCAAGUGGGUAAUGAUGAACCAAGAUACUAGACGACUUGAAAAAGUCAGUGAUGAUGUCCGAGAGGAAUAUUUGGUUUUCUGUCCAAGAGAACCAAGGUUAGCAUUUCCAGAAGAGAAAAAUGGCAGUCUGAAGAAGAUAGCCAAAUUGGAAGAUCCCGCUCAGUAUUCUCGGCAAGGAUUGGUGCCUAGAAGAGCUGAUCUGGACAUGAACCAGCAUGUAAACAAUGUUGCCUAUAUUGGUUGGGUUUUGGAGAGUGUGCCUCAAGAAAUCAUCCACACUCAUGAACUAGAAACUAUCACCUUAGAUUAUAGACGGGAAUGCCAACAUGAUGAUGUUGUUGACUCUCUCACGAGUCCAGAACCAUUUGAGGAUACAAAAGUGUCAGAGCUUAAUGGAAGCAACGGAUUGGCUGCAGCAGCCGCAAAAGGCAAUGAAGACUACUGCCAGUUCUUGCAUUUGUUGAGAUUGUCUGGUGAUGGGCUUGAAAUAAACAGAGGCCGAACAGAGUGGAGAAAGAAACAAACAAGAUAUGCUAAUCAUUCAGUUUGAUCUUACUCCGUCUUUCUUCCAUAUAUUCCUAGUUCUUUUUUUCUGUUGUGUUCUAUUUUUUGGUUUCUUUCUGCUUUCCUUUCUUUUCCUUUAAAUGUUGUUGUAUUUUCAUUUUUUGUAUCUUUUACCCCUCAUUUGGGGUGUUUUAUCUUCCAAGCGACUUGCUCCAGAAAGAAACCAGAUAAUUAUUUGAGUCUUUUUGUGCUUGCGUGUAGACUAAUAAACAACUUGAAAUCAAAGAUUGGUUGAAAUUAUGCUUC